CAGAGCAGUACACACCCACUUUUUUUUCCAAAAUACUUUCGGCCGUGUACACAUUUCGGUAGUCGUAAACAGACGCUACCGCUCGGUCAACCAUGGCAAAGUCAAAUGAUCUGAAAACGUUUCUGGAGUCCUCCCUGAAUGAGAUAUUUAAGGCCACAGUGAGUGACAUCCUUGAUUCGGUGGACCAGACUCUGUCCGAGUUUCAGGGCAUAAUACGGAGGAUCGAGUCUGAAAACGAUAGCCUGAAGCAGCUGCUGUACGCACAGAGGAGCACGGAGUCUGCUGCUAGCGAUGCUAAUGAACAAGAUGCAUCUGCCCACUUUCCAACCUCAGAAUGGAAUGAUUUACCUAUCAACUCCAACGGAAGCUUGUUCAAGGUGUCCAUAUACAACAGUGACAAGAAGAGCUUCAGGAGGAAGCAGAGGGACAGGGUGAAGGAUAGCAGCUCCUCAACCUGCUUCUCACCACGGACUGAUAAUACUCCAGGAGGACACUUUUUGACCAUUGCAGAAGCGCAUGUCUCCACCCAUGAUAUGGUAACUGUAAAAACAGAGCCUUGCCUUGAAGAAAGUGAGGCUAUUGACCUUUCCCAGCCUCCAGUUCUUCUCAAUCUGUCAGUGAAGCAUGUUAAGAAUGAGAGCACAGAGGUGAGUUGUGAUGGUCAGGAUGCAUAUGAACCUCUGAUGCCAUCUACAGGCCUUGAGCAGGACUUCAAAAGCAGUGACAGUGAGGUUAAAGUCGACGUUGUUUCUGGUAGUUGCAUGCUGGAUGGACAGCACAUUAAGACUGAAGAAGAGGAAAAUAAUGGGGUGUUGGAGUAUGAUGAAGAUUUCUCUAAUCAAGAGAUGAGGGGUGGAUUAGAAUAUGUCCCUGAAUUGAAAAUACAUGAAGACAGAAGUGGAAAUGGCGAAGUAGUGACCGGUGAGGAAAAUAAUGCACCUGCUGGUUCUGCAGGUGAAAUUGUGGAAGUUCGUCAGAACAUUUUGCGCUGUCCUUCUUGUCCCAAAACAUUUAGUCGCCCAAAUUCGCUCAACGUCCACCUCAGAACUCACACUGGCGAGAAAGCACAUACUUGCUGCUACUGCGGUAAGCGCUUCGGCCGAGCCGAUCUCCUGAAAUCUCACAAGAGAACACAUACAGGAGAGAGACCUUACAGCUGCAACUUGUGCAGUAAAACAUACCCCCACCCCAGUCAGCUCAGGAUACACAAACGGAUCCACACCGGAGAGAAGCCGUACAGCUGUACGCAUUGUGGGAAGUGCUUUAACGAGCACAACCAGCUCAAGGUCCACCUGCGGACUCACACGGGGGAGAGGCCGUACAGCUGCCAGGAGUGCGGAAAAACCUUUAGUAAUGCAGGAAAUCUCAGAAUACAUGAGAGGAUCCACACAGGUGAGAAGCCGUAUUGCUGCACUCAGUGUGGGAAGAGAUUCAACGGCUUGGGUGACCUGAAAACACACUACAGGAUUCACACAGGGGAGCGGCCCUACAGCUGCAAGCUGUGCAAGAAGACCUUCAGCCAGACAGGACACCUCACCAUACACAUGAGGAUGCACACAGGAGAGAGACCGUAUAGCUGCGAUGAAUGUGGCAAGAAGUUCACAGUGGCCAGCAGCCUUAAACUGCACCAAAGGACUCACACAGGGGAGAAGGAGUACAGCUGCUCGUACUGCAAUAAGAGCUUCAGCAGGUCAGGGCACCUGAAGAGACAUGAGCUGGUCCACACCAAAGAGAAGGUGUUUGUCUGCAGCGAGUGUGGGAAGAACUACACAGACCAGUCAUCGCUGAGAAAACACAUGAAGAUACAUGCAGCCCAGGAGCAGAAGAGUUCAAGUGAGGCAAGCACCAGUGAGGCAUAAAUGAACCUGUUUGACUGUCAACAACGGAGAAAAUAAAACAGAAAAUAACUGCUGUAUUUGAUAACACAAAGUUAACUAAAAUCAAGGUCCACUUGCUCGCUUUUCUUCCAGAGCCUUUAAACUCAUGGUGAGAAAAAUAUUCUGCACACAAUUUUACUAGCCUUUGAGUAGAAACAAAAACAAAAUAUACUUCCAGUAUUGGUGUAAUAACACUAUAGGGGAUGUCCCUAGCUAUCAAUUUCUAAGGUAUUACAUGCAACUUUGAAUUCAGACAAGGUUACUGGUUUAAAGCUAUGAAAACACACAGAAAUGCAUUUGGGAUUGAGCACAAUAAAUCAGACACAACUGAACACAGGAUUGCAAUGUCAGUGGGUUAACAAUGUCAGAUUGGCUAGCAGUGCUAGCGCAGCCCGUCUCCAGUCCUCCUUGGAUGUUACAUCUAUGUCUCUUUUUAUGUUGGUUGGAAAUUAUCCAGUUUAAUUUGACAUGACCUGUAUGCAAGUUUGUCUCCAUUCUCUAUAUCAGAAUACUGAAUAACCCCUAUGUGCUGUUAGAUGGGACCACUAAGCUGUGGCUAAAAUAUUAAAUCACAAUUAUACUUACUUCGUAUUAAGAUCACAGUUAUCAAUCAUGAUAAAAUAAAUGUUUCCUGUUGCCUCAAGGGGCAGCUACAGCCUAGUAUUGCUGCAUGGUUGACUCCUUAAAACCAGAGUGACUCCUUAUAACUGAGGUCAUUUUGCCUUUUUUUGUAAAUCAGCAGCUGCCUUUCAAUCUUAAGCUCUCUCACUUUUCAAACUUACCAGAGUGCAUCGCGUGGCUCUCUGUGCUCCUCACUUAAAUUGAGGUGAGAGCUGUUUUGAUAGGUGGGGCAGUGCACAGGUGGUGUUGUAAAGAUGGGCUCAGUUUACCACUCACGACAAAAUAAGCACAACAAGCCAGUAAUCAUUCAGUCUUAAUAAGUAGAGCUGUUCCGAUUCCAGUACCAGUAUCGGAAAUAUGUCCGAUACUGCUUAAAAUGCAGGUAUUGUUAUCAGCGAGUACAUGAGUUUAUGCACCAAUGCAACGCCGUUUGGUUUAACUAUAUAUUUUGCUUAGUAUAACCAUGCUAAAUGUUAGCACUAUAAACGGGAAAUCACUGCAUGCACGAGUUACCGUGUUUAGAGCACCAAAGAAGAACUAAAUGAGUCACUGCGGCAGCAAAGACUGGUGGUUGCGUGACAUUUUUCUCUAAAUGUGAUCAUUAAAAUAUAGUCCUUACAGGCGCAGCUGUACAGGACAAGAAGUGACACAGUUUGAAUAACUUGAACUCUAAAUCUUUGCCCCCUACUUGUUAUUCCUCUUGAAGCUAGACGUUGUCCCAUCCCAUUGACGCUUUUGAUGCCUUUGAAUCCCGUUGGCAGCAUUUUCAGCGAGCCUGGAACUCCUGUGACUUUUUUGGACUUUAAUGGUAAAAUCCACACCAGUAAACUUCAUACUGAACAUCUUUUUAUCCAUUUUAAUCCAAUUACUGUCAUUUAUUACUGCUAUCUUGAAUGCUAUUUUUUUACGUAUUGUUUACUGUUCAUGAGGGUCUGUCAGCCAAUGGCAGGCUGUUCCUUAAUCACAUCAUGCUGCCUGAAUGGAGAAAGACAGGAGCCUGUGAAGCACCAUGUGUUAUUGUUAUUUUAAUGUUAAGCAGUAAAACUCAAUAAUCAGCAGAAACCCAACUCUAGGAUCACAGAGAUGCUGUACAUGAUGGUUCUAUUUGUUGAGUCGUACUCUGAGUCAAAUAUAGGUCUAAAAUAAUUUACUAGUCUGCACAGUCAGUCCAGAAAGUUCACACCACAUCUUUGAACCCAAAAUCAGAACUGAAAUUUAAACACAGCUAAAAACCCAGAACCUGAACAUAACAUUAUGUUUCUUAAAACCAGUUUUUUUUGUUGUUCUUAAACAGCAGUUUUCAUAAGAAACAAAAAUACCUAAUAUUGCAGUAGAACCAAUUGUUUUGGUGGUAAGAAACAAGUUCAUUGUUGUACAAGUGGCUUUUGGUAUAAUCAGAGCCCUCUGAUCUAACACUCUAAAUGACCACAGUAAAAUGAUGCCUUGAUCAUUUAACCAAGCUGGACUUUAUGUCAUGAUGCUUUGAAUUGUUUGUGUGCCAUGGUUGAAAGCUCCAGAAAAAGAGCUACCAAAUGGACCUUUAGCUAGAAUAAUGUUCUCUGACUGCUGCUACAAGCAGCUAAACUGAGCUUCAAAGUUCAAUGACCUUAGACUAUCAAAGUGUAUGUGUUGUUUGUGGUACAGUGGAAUACACUGUUGUCUAAUCUUAGCUGUUUUAAGUACACACAAAUAUUUAUCUAAACUGUAAGAUACAUUUUUUUAAAAAAUGUGUUGAUUUCUAAGCUCUAAGUAUUCCUGUAUUAGUCUGCUCUCUCACAACACUGUAAAGAGCUAAAGGCAGAGAAUGGGACCAUCACAAAAAACUAAAUGAAAAUAAAUAUUGUCAUUGUGAAAGGUUGAGUUGAUGCUCAGCAAGUCCCUCAGUGUCCACAUUCUUUUGGAGAGCUUUUCAAAAUUUCCCAUAUAGGUCAAUAUAAGAACUAAUAAGAUGCUUCAGAUUUAUAUACUUGUAGUAACUACAGGUUUAGAAAUGUUCGAAAUCAGUGAUUCAAAGCAGAAGAUAAUAUAUUGCUGUAUAUAGCUUGAACUAUACAGACAACCUUCAUUAAACUGAUAAGAAUGUAUUAAUGCCAUAUGUUAAUGGAAAUAAUGCUACUGAAAAUAUUCAGUAAUGAUCGACCGGCUUUCAAUAGUUAAUUCAUAAUCAAUAGUAAGCUGAUCUGUGAAUGUGGAUUAUUUAAGGAUGUUUUAGACUCCUAACAUGAACACAUAGGAAUAAAUUGUCAUGUGAAUGAUAGCUGGGCUGAUUUUUGUUGUGGCUUCUUGUUGUAACACAUGUAAUCAUUCAAAACUAUGAGUGUUUGCUACCAGGAAUUUAUUAAAACUAGUUCUCUGUGUGAUUUGUGUCUAAAUUAAAGAAAAAUAAU